UUUGGGCAGGUCAGGAAAUUCCCUCAUUACUGGCUGCUGUACCAGUACAUAGUGAAAGUAAAGCGAGUCUGUCUCUUUCUCACAACUUGUGUCUUAUUUGCAGCUUUUUCAAGUUUAUAGGCAACUGCUGUAUGUCAGGGCCUUCAGGGGAGCCUUCCAUGCACAGUGCAGAUAAUUUCUGUGGCGCAGAGUAUUGAGUAAUAUGAGUAUUACUUGAAAAUCCAUGAGGAGAGUUUUGCUUUGUCUAUAAGCCUAUGGAAGAAUAGGGAAUACAGAGAAAUAUAAUCAUCAUCGCCCUGGGAAUUCACAUAACACCUGCGGCAUGCCGGGCAGACGGUCAAACAACAAGAAGCAUUUUCCAACAUCACCAAUGGGGGCCCCAGCCAGCUGCAACAGCCAAGAAGAACAGUGCCCCAUUUGCCUGAGUGGGUUUAAGGACAAGCAAACGCUGGAAAAGUGCAAGCAUUCCUUCUGUGGGGACUGUAUAAGCAGGGCUCUACAGGUGAAGAAAGCCUGCCCCAUAUGUGGCUGUUUGUAUGGGGAGCUGACCGGAAACCAGCCUGAUGGCAAAAUGGAGUUUGUCAGGGACGCUUCUUUGCACCUGCCUGGCUAUGAGCAAUAUGGGGCCAUUAUUAUCCGUUACACAUUCCAACCAGGCAUUCAAGGGCCAAAGCAUCCCAAUCCCGGAGUAAGAUACCCAGGAACAACUCGGGAGGCGUUUUUGCCUGACAGCCCCAGGGGAAACAAAGUCCUAAAAUUAUUUGAAAAAGCCUUCAAUCAACGUUUAACCUUCACCAUUGGGACAUCAGUGACCACAGGGCGCUCCAAUGUCAUAACAUGGAAUGAUAUUCACCAUAAAACUAACUGCACAGGAGGCCCACAGAUGUUCGGAUACCCAGACCCAACCUACCUGCGGAGAGUUGAGGAGGAGCUGGAAGCCAAAGGUCUGACAGCCGACUAAUGGAAGCAUCAGUCUCAGAAGAGCAGAAGCCGUUAGCAGAGCAGAAGAUGCGUUUGUUUUCUACCUGAUUUCAGCUGCUGUUCUUCUUUAUUAUGCAGUUUCCUUAAAUUGUUUCUCAGUGGAUUUGAUUUUUUUUGUGAUAUGUUACAUAAAGAUAUGAGGGAUGUUUUUACUGCACAAAAUGUUCAAACAUACUGGCGCAUCACUUACACCAUGUAACGUUUUGGGGGCACACCCCUUUGUCAGACGUUGUAAGGUUUGCUACUAAUAAAAUAGCUGGGUUCAUCGCGCUUAAACAAGUCCUGUUGUGCCAGUAUUUUUGUGCAUUUUGGAACAUAGUGGAGGGUGCUGAAGCCUCCCUAAAUAUUGUGCACCAGGCGGAACACACGUGGAAAGGUGUGGAUUGGCUUACUGCACAAAAUCCAUACAGAGAAAAAAAAGAUCUUUUGUUAUCUAUUGUUCAAGUUGCCCACUGAGGUCUUGUUUAUCCAGUUAUCUAUGUAGUACUGACUCUGAUUCACCUUUAAUGUCUUAAUAUAGCUAAAGCCAAUAUGUGUCAAUUUUAUUUAGCGGUUCUUCUUGUCCUUCUUGAGUAUAGUUGCACUGUAUAUUAUAGGAACUGUAUGUUAUAGAAUACUUUACGUUAGAUGAAGAAUGUACAAAAAUUGCAAUAUUCUCUUUGUUCCCAACAAUGAAGACUACCCAAAAAUUAUUAUGAAAGUGCUUUUGGACCAAAGCAGUAUUGCUGUCAAAGAAAAUAGGUUUAAGUAACUCUCCACCUUGCCUACCUCAUUGUUAUUAUGAAAGGCCUCAUAUGGAUGCUUCUAUACUGUAUGUUCCACAUCAUGAAUGAAUAGAAUAGUAGAGCCACAAGAAGUAGAUGCUUCCCCAAUGUAACAUGGGACCUUGGUGCCUCAGACCGUUGAGCCUGAACCAUUAUCCAGGAAUGGACUGGCACUCAUAGCAACCCAAAAUCAGGCAGUGUAAAUAAAAUGUUAGAGCUUAUUACAGGGAAUAUACCGUAAAUGACAAAGAUCCUCAGGGUCAGAUAGGGCCACUGGGAAAUGCCAUUGAAACACAAAUGCCUGACCCCCCUGAAUACCCAGGAUCUGCGGGACAGGGAGACUGAUUCAUCCAUGGGUGGAUGUCCGCGCCAAGCAGUACUGGCAGCCAGAGGUACUGUAUGCUUCAUGGGGGAAUGAUAGGGCAGGAACAUGGCAAUGGGGGUGAGGGGCCCUUGCGGUGGUAGCCAGUUGGCCCAAAAACCCCAGUCCUGCACUGGAGAGCCUUACCCUCUGACUAGGUCCUUCUAAAGCAUUUAGUGUGUAAAGCUAUCUGUACAUUUUAUCUUCCAAUAAUAAAGACUGCUAUUCUUUUUCA